UUCAGACUCUCUUUUUGUUUAAAAAAAAAAUUCAGAUUUUAAGGAAGAAGAAAGAAAUACAAAUUCGAAAUCCCAAAUUUAAGAAUGGCCUUUAAUUUUAGCGCCCAGCAGUUUGAGAACCGAUUUGAGUCGAAACGUCUACAAAAUUGGGAAUAUCCACGAUUUUCCCCACCCCGUCCACGUGGACUCAAAAAAAACGCCAAGGUCGUAGCCUCCAGCAACGGGCACCUGCUUCCCGGAAUUCAAAAGGAAGGCAACUCCUUUGGCCAAUAUCUUGGAACGUACGAACUUCCAAGGCGAAUAACUCGCAGUUUUUGUGCCCACUACGAUGCCUGUCUGAGUGGGCGAUACAAGUUCGUCGGAUAUCCGCGUGACCUUUGCAGUUGCCAGCGGGAAAAUCGAAGGGCAUUGGCCUGCGAUAAUCGUACGACCUUGGGCCAGGAGGGGGAUCCCUAUUGGAUGCGACAGAGGUGUCAGACCAAGUGUGAGGGUCUCCAGCAGAUCACGGAUCUAAACGAUAAGAGCCAGCGCUGCAAACGCGCCAAGUGCCUAGUGGUGGUCCCAAGAACCGUGAAGAUGCCAUUGAAAUCAUCCAAGGUGACCUGUGUGGCCAUCGAAAAAAGACGCCGGAAACGCACUGUUACCGCAUUUUCUAAAACUCGACCUGCCAUGCAUGCCAAUGAAUCCACGGCCUCCUAUGAAGCUCGCCAUAAACCGAAUCCACCUCCGGAGAAGGCGGCGACAACUCCCAGUAAGCCCAAGGAUAAGCCAAAGGAUAAGGGCAAGGAAAAGGUAAAGGAAAAGGAGAAAGAGAAAGCAAAGGACAAAAGCAAAGAAAAGGAGAAGGACCGCAAGGCAGCCAAAAGCCAUUCGUAAUAUUCUGGAGUCUAUUCAACUUUGGAAAAUCAAAAUAAAAUUUUAUAGCUUCAUUUGAUAUUAAUUUUUGAGUAUAGUCAAGCACUAGCAUCCCCAUAAAUCAUGACAUAACUUAACCGAAGGUUAACUCACAUUCACAUUCACUAAACCUCAGGUUAGGACCAUUGUAUUAUACAUAACUCAUACCAUCAUUCUCGUCUUCAUCUCAUCCUAUCAUCUCGCUAUGCUCCGCU